UUAUAAACGGCCUCCCCGCACCCUGCAUGUGCGCGCUCCCCCCCGGACACAGUGGAACUGUACGAGGUCCCGAUCAUGUGAUUACUGAUUGGCCAAUCAGUGAUCACAUGCAGAGUAGUAAGCAAGAUGUCACUUGUGACAUCAUUGCUUACUACAUGUGAAAUCUGUGAAUGAUCACAAAGGUCACAUGCUGCAUUCUUGCAGCCAUUGAGAACUACUGAGUGAGCUGUGAUUGGUCACAGCUUGUCACAUGGUACAGGACUGUUGUGAAUAGCCUUGUACCAUGUGACCUCUGUGAUCAUUCACAGAU